UAGAAGCUAACUCUGUAGCAAAAGAUAAAAGACCGUCAAAAAAAUCUGAUGCAGUAGAAAAUCGUCUAAAAAAGCGUCAAAAAAGAGGAAAAAGACAUAGAAGCUUAGAAAACUCCUUUUUAGAUAAUGAAAUUGUAUCAACAAGUUAUCUGAGCAAGAGACGGAAAGUGAAUGAAGAGGGAGUCGAAUUAUUAAAAGUCAGAAAGACGAAGAAUACUCUGGUUAU